GAGAGGGAGAGAGAAGUGGCGUACAUUCACAUGGUAAUGAUGGGGCGAGAGAGAGAGGCAGAGGCAGAGAGAGAGAGUGCUGCAUGAGAGCUGUAUGAGUGGAUACAGUGCUGUGCUGUAUGAGUGAGAGUGCAGGAGGCAUUGCUUCAGCUGGGGCUCAGGAAAAGAGAAAGAUAGCUCUGAAAUAGCAGUUUUUACCUCUUUUUUCACCCACUUGAUGUGUGGAACUGGCCGGCUAAAAGGCACCCACUAAAACGGUUGACAUUUUUUGGUGGCUGAAACACUCUGUAGUGGAAGGACCGAGGCAAGAGGAGAAGGGAGCGCGAGCGAAAGGGUGAAAGAGAGCGAGGAAGAGGACUGGGUCGCCUUGAGAAUGCUGCAGACCAUCUAUGAGAGCGACACCCGCAUCCCCGCUGAGUGGCUGAGGACCAUACUGGACACUCAUAGCAUCUCCAGCACUGUGAUUGGCUCAGGUUCUGAGGUGUUGUCGCCGGUGAGCAGGUCUGAGGUCAGCAUGCCAGAGUGGGAGCGGGACUCGGACGAGUGGGAGAGGCAGCUGCAGAGGGAGCUGUUACUGAUCCAGAGGCAGCAGCAGAUCCAGAAGCAGCUGCUCAUCUCCGAAUUCCAGAAACAGCACCAGGCCCUGCUGCGGCAGCACCAGGCUCAGCUACAGGAGCACAUCAAGCUCCAGCAGGCUCUGCUGACCCUUCGGCAGCAGCAGGAGGCGCUGGCUGAGGAGCGCAGGCCGGAUGAAGAGGAGGAGGAGGAGACAGAGGAGGUGCGGGGAGAGGAGCUGGAACGCAACAGGAAGGAGCAGCAGCACCUCAACCAGAGAAAGAAGGAGCGCUCCAAAGAGAGUGCUAUGGCCAGUUCAGAGGUGCGGCAGAAACUGCAUGACUUCCUGUUGAGUAAAUCGGCUAAAGAUGGGCCUCCUUCCGGCCACCCACUCAACCAGCACUCCAAACUUUGGUACAUCACCAGCCAGCACAUGUCCUUGGAGCAGAAUUCACCACCCUUAGGAGAGACGCCCCCAAAAUUCAAGUCCCCUCUGCCCUCUGGCCUGGACAGCCGGGAGGACUUCCCCCUCAGGAAGACGGCGUCUGAGCCCAAUCUGAAAGUGCGUUCCCGGCUCAAGCAGAAGGUUUCGGAGCGGAGGAAUGGCCCCAUGCAGCGCCGCAGAGACGGCAGUGUGCUCGUCACACCACCCAAGAAACGCUCGCUGGAGCCCAGCGAUUCCUCAGCCAAUGACAGCUCUCCCAGCUCUGGCCCCAGCUCUCCUAUUGGCUUAUGCAGUAAUGAGAACGGAGCGUCCUACAGGCCCAGUGCUGCCCAGUUAGAGAAGUAUUUGCCGCAGGGUGGAAUCAUGAAGGCAGACGGCUCCAUGGCUCUGCUGAACCUCUACACAUCACCAUCCCUGCCCAACCUCACCUUGGGUCUCCACUCUGGACCUUCUCCGAUCAGUUCUGCCACGUCUUUAAAGGGGCAUGCAGGAGAGGUGGUGGCCGGGCAGCCUGUUGGUGGGGUGCCAGCUGUCUGCCGCGAGGCGAAAGUCAACAGCAGCCACCAGGCCCUGCUGCAGCACCUGCUGCUGAAGGAGCAGAACAGACAGCAGAAGAUGCUCUCGCCCGGCAGAGGUAGUGUCUCUGUGCUGCCCCAGUCUCCCCUAGUGAUGAAGGAGCGGUCAGGAGGAGGUGCUCGCUCCAGGUUGCCGCGGCACCGCCCUCUGAACCGGACACAGUCGGCGCCGCUGCCCCAGAGCACGCUGGCCCAGCUAGUCCUUCAGCAGCAGCACCACAACUUUGUGGAGAAGCAGAAGCAGUACCACCAGCAGGUCCACAUCAACCAGAUGCUGUCUCAGUCCAUCGAGCAGCUGCGGAACCCCACCGCCUACCUGGAGGAGGACGAGGAAGGAGCGUCGGGGCAGGAGCUCACACUGCCCCCUGCUGGAGUCAUCCGCACUCACAGCAGCAGCCGAUUAGAGAACGGCACGCAGACGGAGGCCCCUCCAGCCCAGGUGGGGGUGAUCAGAGUAAAGGAAGAGCCGCUGGAGUCUGAGAGCAGGAUGGAGGAAGGAAGCAGAGGGGACGGAGGAGCAGUGAGAAGGAGGGAUGAGGGGAAGAAAGCAAGUGAAGAGCAGCUGAAAGAUGCUGCACUGCUGCAGGUCAAGACUGAACAACGUGUAGAGAGCAUGACAGAGACUGACGUGUGAGGUAGAGAGAGUAACAGAGCGAGAGAGAAAGAGAGAGAGAGAGAGUAAUAAGGAAGGAGAAAGGAAAAGGGUGGAAUAAACGGGAAAGAGAGAAAGACAGAGUUACAACAACAUUCUAAUGAUACAAGAAUGAACUGGACGUUAUAAACAAGGUUAAGUGAAAGAAGAACACCUUUUUGGCCCAGUGUUGUCUCAAUGUCUUUGCUUUCUUCUCUUUUUUUAACUCCUUCCUUUCUUUCUCUCCUUUAUCUAGAGAUGAAGAGGGCAUGGGUCCUAAAGCUAUGCUGAUAUAAAGGGAUAGUUCAGUGAAAAAAGCAAAUUUACACAAUUAAUCUAGUCAAUCAGCCGAGACAUUUUUAGUGUCUGAUGUUUGCUUUUUUAGUUUUGCACUGGAGUGAUGAGGCUAAUGUGGCUACAAAGUAAUGACAGUCAGUUUUGAUUUUUGAUUCAGAAGAUAUUUCAGAAGCUUUUUGUUGGAAGAUGGAAAACAAAUGAUAAAAUUGAUGGUUAACAUGAAAGGGACAUAAACUAACAAGCUAAAACGGUCAAUAUUGACUUUUAAAACAUAUGCUAGGGACUUUUAGUUUGAAAUUAACAUAUUCGAAUGAGAAGUUGUUUCAUAGCUCAAUAGUGACCCGGUCACUAAAUUAAGGGAAAAGCAAAUUAUUAUUUCCCUUUAAUGAUUAAACAAAGCUAAAUAAACAGCCUGACUAUCAUCAACUGAAGCUCAAUACAGUAAAACUGCACUAUUUACAUGCAUGAGGCCAGAUAAGUUACGUUUCACUGGCCACAGACACAAAACAAUAAGUUUUAGUGAAGAAUGUUUUCCUGAAGCCCUGAAAGACCCCUAUGCCUCCAGACUGUAGUCUGUCUUGGCUUGUGUGCAAAAUAAUUAUCUUUUUUAUGACCAUUCAUCAAGAGCUUCACUCUUGGGUGCACCUCUCGGGUGCACUACUGUCCGCCUAUAGGGAUUUCACCUCCGUAACUCUGACAUGUUUUAGAUGCAUGCACUAACACCAUGAUAAUCUCUUUAAGAACAUGUCACAUUGCAUAAUAUGGUUAUUAAAUAAAAAAAAUGCAGCAAGGGAUGCUAGUAACUAUUAACUAAUAACAGGGCUCUUAAAUAAAGUAAUAUAUCUGAGGUUUAUAGCUGUUGGAUACCAUAGUGGGUAACAGUACACUUUGUAUGUUGGAGAUUAGAGUUCAAAUCCCUGAAUGGUUGAGUAUUUUUGGGGAAAAAAGCUUUUAGCACUAGGUUUAAUUUGCUCUGAAACAUGAUUACAGCGCCUCUCCUGAUAAGAGUCAUUUAAUCCCCAAAUGUCUGCAUCAAUUCAUAGAUAACAUAGAUUUAUUAUCAGUGUUAUUGAUGGUGUUGAUUCAUUGUAGGCCUAUUGUGAACUGCAUGUUGCUCCAGUGCAAAACUGUAAAAUUGUGUGCGUUUGAUUUUUGACCAAACUAUCACUUUAACUGUAACCGUCAGGUUGUGACAGUCCCCUGUGACCUUUGCUCUACCUGAUACUCUUCUCUCUCUCUCGGACACAGAGCAGCGACACUGACACAUGCAUCACUAUCAUCCACAGAUUAGUGCGGUUGUUCUCUCCCUCCAUUGCCUACUUUUCUGUGUAUAUUGUUGCGUGUAAUAUAGAAAAGCUAUGACCACCAAGAUAUUACUUUCACUAGGAUACCACAGAGACAAAACCAGCCGUAGUCCAGCUGCAGAUGGACGCUCACUGAAGACUUUCCACCUCGUCUCCUUGCGUGAUAACUCUUGAUAGCGAGCUUUUCGGGUGUUUGUUUAAAUGUACAUAUUCUGUAUGAACAGGGACUGAGAAGGUUGUUCGAUUGUUUUCAUUUCUUCCCGUUUUACGGAUCUUAAUGUAGUCCAACUGUGAUGUCACGUGCAUUCUGCCAAGCACAUUUGCCUUCACGUACAGUGCUGUGAAAAAGUAUUUGCCCCCGCUGAUGUCCUGUAUUUUUGUACGCACUAAAUGGUUUCCGAUUCGCACACGAAAUGGGAUAAAAGACAAGAGGCACACGAGGAAACACAAAACAAGGUUUUUAAAGGGUCAUCUGAUUUAAAGUGUACCUUUUUCGGCAGUGUGAAAAAGUAAUCACUCCCCCCCCCCCAAGCUCAGGAACUGGUUGUGCCUCCUUUAUCAUCAACAGACACUUCGCUGCGAAGGAAUAUUGCCUUUAUUUAGCCACAUUGGAGGGUUUCUUUAAACGAUUUUUAGAUUCAAACUGAGCUUGCAGUAAUCAACCCUGGGUGUGUCUAGUUUAUUUGUUCCCAGACAUCAACUAAAUUUGAUUGAGAGGUUAGUAACUAAGGGGGCGAUUACUUUUUCACACAGAGCCAGCUGGUGUUGGAUAAAUAAAUAAAUGAAACGAUCAUUUAAUAACUGUGUUUUGUGUUUACUCAGGUUAUCCUUGUUAUAACCCCUUUAAAUCCCAGGCUUAUUACAUACUAAGGCUUGUUAUUUAGUAACUACAGAGACUUCAAUGCAAACUGGCUGAGCUAUUCCUGGAUUAUAAAUGUUGGGCCUGCCGGCGGGCCCUGGCCAUGUAAGGGGUUUAUAUUAAAUUUAGUCCCAAGAUCUGAAACACUGAAGUGUAUGCAAAAGGAAGGAAUCAGAACGGGGCAAAUACUUUUUCACAGCACUGUAUGCAGUCAAACUACUAGUUCACCUGACAAUAAAGUAAUCCAAGCCGUUUUUUCCUGUUUCUCACAUUUCCUAAUCACUAGUGAUUCAACAUAAGUAAAGAGAGCGAUUGGCGUUCUGGCUGCAGGUGUGCAGUUGCUGCGUUUGAUCUAAUCUAGACACUGGGACUGUUGUUGAAAACGAACAUUUACUGUUUAUUUUAAAAUAUAAUUAAACUGAUUUCAUCCAUCAAAUGAUUGGUGUGAACAACAUGUGUGAAACAUAUGAGGGAGUGAUGUAUAGCCCAAGUCGCUGGAUUAAAAGGAUGGUUUGGCUUUUUUUUUUUCAACCGAACAUUGAUUUCCGAAACGCUGGCAUUCAUUAGAGACUGUACUCAGCAAAAUGUUACAACUGCAAAUCCCAGCCUAAAAUUGCCUGACUUCUUACAUAUGUUCACAUCAGUCAGGCAGUUUUCCAAGUGUUUCAUUCAGCACCUAUUAAUAAUAUAAAGCCAGUUUUGUUGCAGAUAUGUACAAAAUGAUUCUAAUGCAGUGCUAAUAUUGUAAAUGAACAGAGCUGUGGAUGAUUUCCUAAAAAACGAUAAAGUUUUAGACCAUUGAGGAAGUGCUUUUAUUGAAAUUAAUAUCCAGAAUGCAACCCCAUCCCCCUCUCCUGCACUGUGACAUAAUCAAAAAUCAGAAGAUGUUUUAGGAACAUUUUGAUGGAAGAUUUCAGGAAAACAAGUGUACCUUUUAAAUGAUAUAAUUCUUGCUUAAUAAGACAAAGGACAUAAACUAACAAGGGUCAAUUUUGUCUUUUAAAACAUAUACUGGGGACUUUUAAUUUGAAAUUAGCAUAUUAGCUGAGCCUUCCAUUGCAUUCUGUGACAAGUUGCAUUGUUUCAUAGCUUGAUACUGUCCUGGUCACUAAAAUAAAGGACUAUGAUUUGCAACAGUGACCCACUAAUAUGAACAGUUGACAUUUAGUUUGAAAGUUCUUGACCAUUCUUUUAAUCUCUUAGUGGACUUGGGUUGUGGACAGAGAGAAAAGAUGCUGUUACCUUGUGCUCUUUGUUUAGCCUCGUGUUGUAUGUUUGUUCACUUAUCUUUUCUAACAAAAUAAAGGUCCCUUCUGUGCAUUGACA